AUUUUACAUUAAACCAAUCGUCAGUUACUAUAAAGUUGAUCUAUCACAAUACAGUCAAUCUUAUCGGCAAGUCUGCGCGAGCGCCGGACAAUUGCCUUUGCAACACUAUUUUUACUCUGAUCUUGGACGAGCGCCAUCAGCUGAGCUCACGCCAGUUCACUAGUACUAACCCCACAGAUAAACGUACCCGCUCCUACGAAAUUUGAAUAUAUCUUACUAACCCAUAACCUCGACCGAGAACCAUCAAUGAGCCCCCAUUUCAAUGAGAUACGUUCUAAUUUGUGCGUUACAAAUAUACGCCAAGGUUCGUGAAGACGUUUCAGUCCGGGAGAAUGGCGACGUGAGCGCGGACCGCGUCGGCCAUGGCGCGUCAACGAUGGACGCUAGCUCUAAUUUUAAUCUGCCUGCCUAUCCUCGCCACAGUGAUAACCGCAUUCCGUAUACGCGAUUUACCUAAAGGUGACAGUGUGAAACACGAUACAAAAAAGCAAAAGUGUGACGAUUGUGAUGUGAAGGUCGGUCAAAAGUUAAGUAUUGUUAAAAUCGAAAGUGACAGGUUUGCGAGUGAUGAUUUAAAGAAAGCGGUGCGGGACAAACAACCACAUAUCCAACAGAAGGCUGAAUCUAAAUCUGCUCAUAGAUACGAUAUUAGAAGCGACGAAGACGACGACGAUGAUGAUGACAGUGAAUUUUUAAAAACUAAAACCGGAUUCAAACAGGAAUUUCACGCCAGCAAAACGAAAUUAGAGGCAAGUAGUACCAAGUUCUUAAGUAAAGAAGAUGAUGAUGACGAUGACGAUGAUGACGACGAUGACAGUAACCCCAAUUUAUUGAAAAAACCUAAAGUACCCGAUAUAAAAAAGAGUGAUUCGAAACCAAAACAUGAUAUUAAACCAAAAAUUAAGGAAUCUGUUGCAAAACAGAACAAAAAAGAAAAUGACGACGAUGAUGAUAGUAAAUCAAAAGCUUACUCAAAAAAUAAAAUAGAGACAAAAAAACCAGAUCAGAAACUGAAAGAUGUUAAAAGUUCUAAAUCUAAAAAGGAUGAUGAUGAUGACGAUGACGACGAUGAUAAGGGACACAUUUCAACUAAGCCAAAGGUUUCGGAUGUCAAAUCUAGCUCUGCCAAGGUAAAAAAGGAUGAAAAAGUAACGGUAGUAAAAAAAACACUAUCGAAAUCAAAGGAAGUUGACAGUGAUGAUGAUAACGAUGAUGAUGAUGACGAUGAUGAUGAUGACACUGAUGAUGAUGACGACACUGAUGAUGAAGAUGGUAUCAAGAAAACCGUUUUAAAAAAAUCAAAAUUACCGGAAGUUAAAAAGGUAGAUUCUAAACCGAAACUAGACAUUAAAAGUGUACAAAUCAAAGAUUCUGAUGAUGAAGAUGAUGAUGACGACGAUGACGACGACGACGACGACGACGAUGAUGAUGAUGAUGAUGAUGGUUUCGGAAGCACUCUAUCGAGCAUCUUAGAGACAUUUAACAUGCUUGGUUUGAAAAUUGACCCCAGUCUAAACCCAGAAGGCAAUGAACCUAAAAAAACAGAACACAAGAGCAAGGACAAAAAACGAGAUGAUGAAAAACAUGAUGUCAAGCACAAGCCUGAGCAAGUACCCGAUGUAAAAAAAAGUGAUCCUAGAACAGACACACUAAAAGUGAAAGAAACUCCGUUAAAACCUGUCGCAAAGAAAAUGGUUGUUGAUAUUGAUAUUGACGAUGAUGACAGUGAUGAUGAUGAUGAUGAAGAUAGUGACAACGAUGAUGAUGUGCCAAUUUCUAAAAUUAAACCUAAAGUUGUCGUAAAAGACAAGGAGACCUCUGUCAAAAAAUCACCAUUUCCUGAAGCUAAACCACUAAAGAAAGAUGUGAAAAUAGAAGAAAAAGAACACGUCAAACCAAGUGUAGAAACUAAAAAACCAGAUUCUAUUAAAAAGGAAAUGAAAACCAGUGAAGAAGAUAAAAAGAUCGAGAAAGCUGGGGCAAAAGACAGAGCUAAAGGAACUACAGAAACACCAGUAGCAAAAAAGGAGGAUAAAAAGGAACCGAAACCAGUAGAAUCAAAGCCGAAAAAGGAACCAGUGAAAAAAGACCACGAUAAAGAAAAAUCAAGUCGCGAAAAGGAAGAUAAAGACAGUCAGGAAGAAUCAAAAAAGGCUGAAAAGAUCACUUUAGAACAUAAGAAAAAAUAUCCCGUCAAAGACACUUAUAACAUGCAUGAUUUCAAAAAAGAUGCCAAACUCGAUACAGAUAAAAAAUCUGACAAAACAUCAAAAGAAAAGAUAUACGAUAUCCCAGAAAUGUCUUCGUCGACUGAGAGUCAUUUAAAACACGUUACGGAUGCUUUGCAUAGACGGAAUUUGCUCAAAAGCGAAUUUGAAGACUUCUAUGCAUUCUUUCCAACUUUUGCACCAAAUUUUUCUCGAAUUCAUAACCCGGAAUGCAGGCGUCACGGACAGAUUGUGUUGAGGCAAUUACGUGGAACAAAACUAUGGGCACUGAAUAUGCUCGACGCUACGGCGAAGAUUCCCUCGGGUAUCCUGCAAGGUAAUGGAAUCCAGCUCGGAGACUUCGACCAGUGUGUGGGUAGCAGAGCGAGAGUGCAGUUGGAAAGUGGGAGCGUCGUCAAGGUCCAAGGGAAGUACUGCUUGGCGCGGCUCGACGUGAAAGCGGAACAUCCAGAGCUGGAGGCGCCGGUGCAUUUGGCGCAAGCCAAAAACCUGAUAAGAAGUCGGAUCGAUGAUCCAGGUCACUUCGUGCCGCGAUUUUCAACGCUGAGUUGGGGCGUCUGCGUGCCCGCCGCCUGCGACCCUGAGGACGUGGAGGUGGUCAUCAAGGAUGCCGUCAAACACUACCAGCACACCAGCGGCCUGGUCGUGCGCGUCAAAGUUGAUGAGGAAGACUGCUAUGUGGAGGAGGGAGACUGGUGGCAGGAUCUACUUGAGCUGCCGACUAUCUUGACACUAUCGUUCUAUGGUAUCAUUGUUUUGCUGGUACUUGUGGCGACGCUUCAGGACUUUUUUGCUCGAAGAACAGAAGAUCAGGGUGGCGAGGUUGAAGAAGCAGCCGAACAGAAUGAAGAGGACAAAGAAGAAAAGGAAGCACCCAAAAAGAAAUCAGAUUCCUUCUUAAGCUCGUUCUCCCUCUAUUACACCAUCGGCAAGCUGAUUGCUCCAGGAACUGAUGAUGAGAUAUCCUGUAUUCAUGGUGUAAGAGGCAUCGCUACCUUGGCCUUGCUGGUUGCUCAUAAGUUCCUGCCAGUUGCCGUCAUGCCCUAUACUAAUAGGCUAAGGAUUACUGAGCUGGCCAGUUCUCCGAUCUGGUCGUGGUGCCGCGCGGGCUGGAUGUUUACCGACUGCUUCCUGCUCCUCAGCGGCACGCUCACAGCGCACAGGAUAUCUGAUAACACCGGAGCUCCUAGACGAUUGUUUUACAGAUAUUUGAGAUUGACUCCAGCUCUGCUAGCCGUGGUGCUGUUCUACGCCUACGUUUGGGACUAUAUAUCUAGUGGCCCCAUGUGGGGCACCUACGUCACCAAGAACGCUGAGGUCUGCCAGGAGGGCUGGUGGUGGAACCUGCUUUAUAUACAGAACUACUUCGGAUUUGAGGAUAUGUGCGCACCACAAACCCACCAGCUAGCUCUGGACAUGCAGCUUACUAUCCUGGGCUGUAUGUUAGUUUGGCUGAUCGAUGUGAAGAAAGGGUUCUACAAGCUCCUCAUACCAGGUCUGCAUGUCUUCGCCGCAUACUCCAGAUAUACCACCGUGAGAGACCAUCGGCUGACAAUGCUGGCUUACCAUGGAGUCAGCGUGAGCCAGCUGUAUAGGACGGCGCGUUUGAGCUACACGUCGGUACUUCACCGGUCUACACCGUACUUAGUCGGUCUAAGUUUGGGUCUAGCUCUCAAGACUCCUGCGGAACAUGGCAAGUUCAUAUCUAUAGUUGGGUGGUUAUCAAGCAGUGCCCUGUGGUGCCUCGUAUGGUGGGCGGGCAUCGACUCCGGCUCGAUGCAGUACCGCUACAGCGCCACAUUCGCGGCCCAGUAUGCUGCCUUAGCACCUAUCGCAUCUGCACUAGCUAUCGCCUGGGUUAUCUAUGCUGUCCAUAACAGUGGUGAUGGUUUCAUGUCCCGAUUCCUAUGCUGCCGACCGUUGGUGUUCAUCAGUCGUCUCUCCUACGCCCUUUAUCUCUGCCAGUUUAUCGUGUUCAUAACAAAUGUUGGCACCGUCAAGUCAUCUAAAGAAUUCACAAUCAUGUCUUUGAUUGACGUCGAAGAAAUAUCAGCAAUAUUACUUUCAUCAACUAUUCUGACUUUAACAUUUGUCAUACCGAUGCAAUCACUGCAUAAAGUAUUUGCUUUCUCAUUUAAAUCUGGAAGCUCAGAAGAACCUAAAGAAUCAGAAGAAGCUGACCAAGAAAAAGAACCAAAGCAAGAAGAAGAAGUAGAAGAAGUUAUAGAAGCACCACCAGUGAGAAGCCGACAACAUCUCAUAGCUCACAGGGAAGUUCUUGAAGAAAUUCCUGAAACAGAAGUAGAGUAUGAAAACCAACGGGACAGCGAAGGACUUGGGGAAAUUCUAGAGGAAGAAGAGGACGAAGUUGGUGAAGAAUCAAUAGCCAACAUGGAUGAUGAACUGGAAAUAAUCGAAGAAGAAGGAGGCGAGGAUGAGGAAGACGAGGCGUGGCUGGAAAGAGAAGAAUAUCACAGAAGGAGGUCAGAGUCGAGAGAUGAUGACCAAGAUCUCGAUGAAUGGGAGUGGACGGCGAAUGGAAAUCGCAGUGGGGCUCAAUAUUAUCGAUACUCAAGGUAGCGAGGUUUAUGUGUUAAAUUAAAUUUAUCUUUUUGAGUUUUA